UGCUGGGCUUGUUACCCAUUGUGUGCUUGGACUGCUGACCUCUCACUUUCACUCAAAGUACAUACCAGGAGCACCAUGCCACCAAAGAAGCCUGAUCCAAAGAAAGAGGAGCCCAAGCCAGCACCCAAGCCCCCAGAGCCUGAACCACCAAAGGAACCAGAAUUCGACCCAAAAAGUGUUCCGGUAUUUACCCUGGAUAAGGUUAUCGAUUUUAAGGAGGCAUUUUCCCUGUUUGACAGAACUCCCAACUGUGACAUGAAAAUCACAUAUGCUCAGUGUGGCGAUAUCAUGCGUGCGCUUGGUCAGAACCCAACCAAUGCUGAGGUCCAUAAAGUCCUAGGCAGGCCAAAAGCAGAGGAAAUGAACGUCAAAAUGUUAGAUUUUGAGACCUUCCUUCCCAUGCACCAACACAUCUGCAAAUUGAAGAGCCAAGGAACCUUUGAGGAUUUUGUUGAGGGUCUGAGGGUGUUUGACAAGGAAGGAAAUGGAACAGUCAUGGGGGCUGAGCUUCGCCAUGUUUUGGCCACACUGGGUGAGAAAAUGACAGAAGAUGAGGUUGAGCAGCUCAUCGCUGGGCACGAAGAUGCCAAUGGAUGCAUUAAUUAUGAGGCUUUUAUCAAACAUAUCAUGGCUGGUUAAGAAAUCAAGACAUCUGAGGACUCCAUUUGAGUUUUUAUACCCUGAGAAUGCCUGUACAAUUAAUUUGAAACUGGGAUAGUGCAUUUCCUUUUGUGGUUUUUAUGAUGAUUUUUGUUCCCAGACAUUGUUUCCUUAUGACGAAAAGUGAACAAUGAAAACCAUGAAUCUCUGAAAAGAAGAUACAUCAAAUACCAGAAAUUGAAGAUGUUUUAGAAAUUAAUUUGUAUUUUAGAUAACCUUUCUGUUGUAAAGGAAGACAGCCCAAAAACUGUAUUACAUUGCUUUCUUUCAUUGUAUUCCUGGAAAUUUUCCAAUGAUAAAUUAAAGCCCUUCAUACUGA